AUGAUGUUUUCGAAACUCAUUCUCAUGGCACCGCUUGUCUUCUUCGUGCAGGCUUUGAAUAGGGCAAACAGACCCCCUCCUAUCAGGAUUCCUCCACCUGGUGCAUUUUUCCCUCCGCCGGAACAGAUCAAUCCAUGGAUUGUAGAACAGGAUCCAUUUGCUGCACCGUAUCACUUCCCUCGACCACCACUUACGACAAGAACUUGGUGGGGACGUGCUCGCUAA